CGACACCAAAGCCUCCUAGCUCCUUUUUAAUUCAGUCAGUCAGAAAUGUCAUUAUAAGUGACAAAUAUUUCCCUGCAAUGCACAGAAACCUGCUGUAGAUGGCGUCAAGCAGACAUUUCCACCUUAUAUACCUUCAACAAAAACUGAUGACUUUUUCUUGGGAACCAGGAGGACCUUUUGGCUCCAUACUCGGAGUGCCUGCACAACCCGGCGAGCCUCCCAGACUGAGAGGAACCUCGGCAACUCCUGCAUCUCCAUCUCUCCCUCACUUCCUCACCCCUCCUGGUUCACCUCACACAAUAGACUUCCUCUCCGAGCACCAGCCUGCAGGGAAAGGAAGGGAGGGGGGGGGGGAGAUACGGUUUCUACGCAACAAUGGAAAUUCAAUCAGGAAAUGGAGAGGAGGUGGCGAGCGCGGUGUCGGCGACCUCGGGCUUCGUUUCCCGUAGUCCCUCUGGGCCGCAGGUAGAGACGGCAGACGAUCCGGUGCUCCGAGAGGACCUGCAGGCGGCUAAGAGGAUUGAGAGGUUUGACAUCCCACUCGAUAACCUGAAGAGGAUGUUUGAGAAGCCUGCUGUGGCAGACAAAGAAGUGACAACCGUCCACACCUCCUCCUCCUCCUCGUCCAAAAAGAGAGCGACGUCUGGUAGUCUCACUCGGACUGACCCUUCAACAGAUCACACCAUGGCCUUGCCCAAGGACACCGCUCCUUGCGCGGCCUUACCCAAGGACACCACUCUUUCUGCAGCCGGCGCCGGUAGAUCCACGCCAGGACGUCCAGAGGACAGGGCCCCGGACGCCGAGGACCAGGAGGGUGAGCCGGUGUCGGUGAAAGAGCGGCUGGCGAUGUAUCAGGCUGCCGUGUCCAAGAAGGAAACCAGCUCUGCCGCGGUGAUGGAUGAGUCGGAGGCCUGUUCGCUGCCCGGCGGCCUCGCCAGCGUGAAGAAGCAGUUUGAGAGCCAGGAGUUCGCCUCUUCAUCCUCUCAGUCCAGCGUCGCCCAGUUUCAUUACGAGCAGAGAUCCGUCCAGGAGACGUCCAGCUCCUCGGAGGUGACUGUGAGGAGCAGCGCCAGAGAGGUCGUCCCCACCACCACCGUCUUUCACAAUCAACAAGAGGUGAUCCAUGAUCAAAGAGUCCACCAGAACAACAUGGCCGCCAGUUACGGGAACCAUUUCAAUGAAACAGUUAUGCUCGUCGGAGGAGAGGACCUACCGAAGGUUUCCACUCAAUCUUUGAAGCAGCAGUAUGAGAAAACGAUUGAGGGAGCCGCACCAGCCAAGGAAAUUAAGGUUGAUGUGGAUUUCAACCAGUUUCAAUGGGCACCAGUAAGUCAGUCCUCCAAAACUUCAACCAUGACAAGCUCCUCCACCGUAAAGACCGCCGCCGCCUCAUCAGUCGCGUCGGCCUCGUCAGCGGCCUAUGAGAUGAUGGAUCAUUUCCCUCCCCCGCCUUCGCACCUGUUACAGGAAACCGCCGUCUCUUCCCAGCAUCAAGAGCAGGCUGCCCAACAAAAGCAAACUGUUACUAAAGAGCAGUACUUUAAAAACAAGACUGCGGCCGAACUAAAGCGCCUCUACAAGCACAUUAACCCAGAAGUCCGCAAGAACCUGGAAGAGGACUUCUUGAUUGAUAUCACCGAAGCCGAAAAGAAGGACAUGGAAAGCGAGGAAAUUGUGGGAGACGUCCAGCAGGCGUGCUACAUGUUUGAAAAUGACGGCAACGGCUCGAGUGAGUGUUCGAGCCCCGACAGAGAGUCCCUGGAAUGGGACGAGAUCCUCAAAGGCGAAGUGCAGUCCAUGCGCUGGAUGUUCGAAAACAAGCCACUAGAUACGAUCAAAGACGACACCCCAGAUGAGGACGAGGUGGGGUAUAUCGUCCAACAGGAAAUCAUCGCUGGCAAAGAUGUCAGACAGACCGCUUGGAUGUUUGAGACUCGGCCCAUGGACGCUCUGGGAGAAGAUGCUAAUUCGACUGAGCAGUCACAAAAAUCGAGUGAUCUCGCGAGAGGGGACGUCCGCACCGCCACGUGGCUUUUUGAAACGCAACCGCUCGAUUAUCUGAAUAAGAUCUACCAAGAAGACGAGCAGGAGAUUGAUGCUGUCGUCACCCAAAGCAUCACCGGCGGAGAUGUGAAAACAGCCAGAUAUCUCUUUGAGACCCAGCAUCUGGACUCCCUGGGCAAAACGGAAACCAUCGAGGAGAGCCACUUCCUGAACCUGAAGUCCGAGCUGGAGGAGAUCAAGGGGGACGUGACGACAACCACUCGCAUGUUCGAGACCCAGCCCAUGUGCGUCAUCAGGGGCGAUUCGGGAGAGAUGCUGGAGAUCACCACCAUCCGCCGGGAGGAGACCGAGAAAGGAGACGUCAAGACGUCGCGCUGGAUGUUUGAAACCCAGCCUCUGGACAUUAUCAACAAAGACCCUGCGAUGGUGAAACUGAUAUGUGGCAUAUCCAUGGAGGACAACAUUCAAGGCGGCGUGAACAAAGGUAGGUGGCUUUUUGAGACCAAGACCCUCGACACCAUCAAGGAUGAGGAGUGGGAGAGUUCCAGGAAGCUAAAGGAAGACAUAAUUGGCGCUGAUGUGAGGAGGCACUGUCUGGUUUUUGAGACUCAGGAUAUGGGUACUCUGAAAGACAACGCCAAUGCGAGACCUUUACCUUCAGAGGAGAUCUUAGGAGGAGAUGUUAGAUCCGCCAAACAUCUGUUUGAAACAGAACCCAUGGAAAAUCUUAAAGAUCUCCUCGAAGUGGGGAAACUCCAGAAAAUGGUCGCUUCCGAAGAAGAAAAGGGUGACGUGAGGCACCAAAAGUGGGUCUUUGAGAGCCAGCCGCUGGAGAAUAUAAGGGAGGAGAAGAAGGAGAUCACAAGAACGGUGAACGUCGAGACUCUCGACAAAGGAGAUGUGACGAACUACAAGGAAAGGUUUGAAACUAUGGAUUUAAGUAAGUGUGAAGGAACACAGAGAAUCCAAGUGGAAGGCGUCACAAGUGGAUCCGUCAGAUCCAACAGAGUUCUCUUUGAAUCUACCCCCAUGUACGCCAUGCAAGACAGCUCUGGCCAUUACCACGAGGUGAAGACCGUGAGGCGCGAGGAGAUCGUGAAGGGAGACGUGCGCAGCUGCAGGUGGAUGUUCGAAACACGUCCCAUUGAUGAGUUUGAUGAAAGCAUCAAUAAGUUCCAGAUCAUAAAAGGUAUAUCCAAGCAGGAGGUUGAGUCAGGGGAUGUCAAAACUGCCAAGUGGUUGUUUGAAACUCAAGCGCUUGAUGCCAUUAAAUGUAAUGUUGAAGGCGAAGAACAUACAACUAAGGAAGAAAUCGAGAAAGGGGAUGUUAAGACCUGCAGGUGGCUAUUUGAGACUCAACCGAUGGACGCUCUGUAUGAAAAGUCGGAAAAGAGCGAGGUUGACGUUGAGGAAGUUCAAAAAGGUGAUGUCAAAACGUGCACUUGGCUCUUCGAGACCCAGACACUCGACAACAUACGCGAUCACACAGAGUCUGAGACCAUUCUGAAAACGUGCACCAUGAAGCAAGACGACGUCCAAGGAAAAGACGUGCGACUUGCCCGCUUCCUUUUUGAAACUGAGAACCUGGAAAACCUCACAGGCGAGGACGGCGGUUCUUUCAGGAGGGUCACAGAAAUCGACAUCCUGUCGGGCGACGUUUCCAGGAUGAAGUACAUCUUUGAGAAUCGCUCCUCUGACAUUAUGAGUUCCACCUCCACAGAAACAAUGCAGAAGUUAAAGACGCAGCAGGCCGAGGAUAUACAGAAGGGAAACGUGGUCAACUGCACGUGGAAGUUUGAGCAUCAGCCGAUCGACGCCAUCCGCGACGAAACCGCAGAGGUGCGGGAAAGUCGCACUGUGAUUGAUGUUCAGGGGGGCGACGUUGACAAAGGCCGCUUCAUUUUUGAGACUUACUCUCUGGAUGAAAUCAAAGAGGAGUCCACCGAGACUGAUAUUUCUAAACUCACUAGCAUCUUUAGAGAUGAAGUAGAGAGGGGGGAUGUGAAAAAUUACACCAUGAUGUUUGAAACUCAGCCGCUGUACGCCAUCCGUGACAAAGAGGGCCAUUAUCAUGAAGUAACUACAGUUACCAAGGAAGAAAUCAUUAGAGGAGACGUGGUGGGGGCUCGAUGGCAGUUCGAGACAAAGCCUCUGGAUUCAAUUAGAGAUUCGGAGGAGGUCUACGUUAUUAAAGCUGUAACUGAGGAAGGCGUCAACAAAGGAGACGUGAGCUCCGCGAGGUGGAGGUUUGAAACGCAACCCCUGGAUGAAAUCACAGAGGAAAUAAAAGUCACGUCGAAAACAGUCGCAGACAUCCAAGGCGGCGACGUGAAGACAAACAAGCAGCGAUUUGAGACUGAUGAGAUGUCUCAGAGGUACAUCAGAACCGUUAGCGUGAGCGAAAUCCAAAAAGGCGAUGUCAGAUCCGCCACGUGGAUGUUUGAGACGCGCACGAUUGAUGAGAUCCGGGGCGAAGGCGUGGAGUACGAUGGCAUGGAGAGAGUGACAAAAGAGGAAGUGAUGAAAGGGGAUGUCAAACAGUCUGUGUGGCUCUUUGAGAAGCAGCCCCUCGACAGCAUCAAAGAGACUGACGAGACGGAGCUCGUUGUCACAAAGGAGGAAAUCCCACAGGCCGAUGUGAAGUCGACAACGUGGCUAUUCGAAUCCACUCCGUUCCACGAGUUUAACGAGAGCAGCGCGGAGAAGACGGAAAUAAUGGGUAAAAGCAUCAAAGAGACACUCGAGGAGCUUUACUGCCGGAAAAUGGUGGGAUCGCAAGGCGUUCUCAUCGAGGCGGAUGAGAUCGGCGACGUCCGCAUGGCGAAGUUCAAACUCCAGAACCAGGAGGCUCCGCAAAUCCAGAGAGAGGAGAUCAUCAGAGGGGAUCUGAGCAACAUCAUGAUGAACCUCCUGAACCGCAGCGAGAUCACCGAACGGGGGAUAACUAUCGACAGCGAGGAGCGGGGCAACAUCAACACCACGGUGAAGCAGCUGUUGAACCAGGAAAGGGGAGUCAACGUGGAGAAGGAGGAAAUUAUCCGCGGUGACAUUCGAGAGGCCGUAAACAAUCUGCUCAAGGACGAGGGCUCCGCCAAGCGCGGCAUUUUGAUUCAAGAGGACGAGAAAGGAGACGUGAGGAUGACUAUCUACUCCCUCUUGAAUAAAGGGGAGAGCUCCAGCACGGAGAAGGAGGACAUCAUCCACGGAAACGUGAGCAAAACCCUGCAUCGUCUGCUCUCCAACUCGGGAGGCGAGGACUCUAAAAGGAUAAGGAUCGGAGACUCGGAGAGAGGCAACGUCAGCUUUUACUCCACUUGCAUCGAGUCCGGAGCCUUGGAUUACCUGAAGCAGCUUCAGUACGAACCCGGUGAGGCCCAGGAAAUGGUGGAAAAGGAGAAUAUCAUAGGCGGCGACGUCCAUGAGACCAAAAUCUUGCUGCGGAAGAAUCACCAGCAGAUUGGUCGCACGGUGGCGAAGGAUGAUAUAGUUCCUGGCGACGUUCACAGCAGUGUUAAAGUCUUUAUGACUGAGCCUGCUGUUAACUACAGAAACCUGGAGAAAAAGGAUAUUGUUAAAGGUGACCUUAGCGCAGCGCUGGAUUCACUUACCCAAGCCAUCAAUCAGAAAGUGCUAAUAGAAAAAGAGGAGGUGGUGAAGGGAGACUUACCUACUACUUUGAGGUCUCUGGAGGAGGCCCAGCGUCAAGCCAAAGAAAUGGAAAAGCCUGAAAUCAUCAGGGGAGACAUCAGAGGUGCUCUCGAGUCCCUGGAGAAAUCCGCAACCACCAAUACGGAAGCGACGGUUGAAGAUCUGGUGCCGGGCGAUAUCAAAGGGACCCUUAAGUCCCUGGAGGAGGCCAAGCAAGCAGUGAAAGAGGUGGAAAAAGAGGAGAUACUCAAAGGGGACAUCCACACCGCCAUGAUAAGUUUGCACGAGGCGACGAGCGAGAAAAAGAUUUACCAGCAUCAAGUGAGCGAACAAGGGGACGUUAAAGGCACCAUCCAGCUCCUGCUAGACCCAAACACUUCACCCAGAAUGCAGCGCAGGGGGAGCACCGAAGGAGAUGUGAGGACGUCUAUAAAAUGUCUUUAUGAAGGGCAGGAGACGACACAGGUGGAAAAAGAGGAGGUAGUAAAAGGCGAUGUUCAAGGGGCUAUAAAGAAUCUCAUGCAAAGAAAACAAUAUUCAAAUCCGAGACGCAUGCAUCCCCCGAAGAAAGCGAAAGCGCCCGUGAAAAAUCCAUUAACUGUAAAGCAAGCGGAGCAUGAAUGCUUACACGAAGCCAAGAGUGAGAGUGUGGCAGUCGAUGCGGCCCCCGCUGUGAAAAAGCUCUCUCAGAGCAGUGAGUCACCGAAGCACACACAGAGGCACGACGAAAGCAAAUCGGCGAAAACGCAGGUAAUAACCCAAGAGGCCCGCUCCGUUACCGUAGCCAAAACAGACAACACCGCCGAGGCCUCUCAACAGAAAAGCAUGAAAGAGACGAAACAGAAAGCGCUGCCCCCGCAGAAAAUACAAGCUCCUAAGCCUAUUAUGAUAAAGACUAAACAAAUGAGUAAUAAUGAUCAAACGGAGACGAAAGCGGCCGACGUCAAUGUGAUGAAAGAGGUACAAAACACAUCACAGACCAGCGUUUCGAGCGUUUCGAGCAAGCAAACGUGCGAGACGAAGACAAUCAAACAGGUGCAGACUACGGUGACGGAGAAAACGGUCGUGCAUAAGCAGAACGUGUCCGAGCAGACGGAGAAUAAGGCUCUCACGCAGAAGCACAACAUGAAGAAUAUGAAUUUCCGUAACCUUGACAUGAGAGGGAAAAGUGUGAUCAAAAAGGCAAAGCCAGAGAUUCACUUCCCCCCUCCUCCCUCUUCACCGCCUCCGCCCUCGGAGUCGGAGCUCUCCCUCCCUCCGCCGCCGCCGCCGAUGCUGGAGAGCCCUGCGUCCCCCCCUUCUAUCAUGAGGCAGGACAGUGACCUCCCACCUCCGCCACCUCCGCCUCCCGUGGAAUGCAAGUCGGACUCUGAGUUUUUCCCUCCUCCACCGCCCCCUCCUCCUCCUCCUCCCUCUGUGGCCGGACAAGAUUUUCUCCCUCCGCCUCCCUCACAGCUAGAGCUUAAUGCGAUGCCUCAGCGUCCCGCUGCAAAGCUGGGCAAACCCAUCGGCAAGCCUUUAUUCAAAAUGCCCAAGCAGCCAGAAACACAGAAGCAGCCCGUGCAAGUUAAACCUAAAUGGCAGAAAAAGCAGCCAACUCCUCCUCCUCCUCCUCCUCCUCCAACUCCACCUCCACCUCCACCUCAGCUCCCUCUUGAUCAAGAAGCAACAGAGCAAAAAGAAAGAGCUCAAGUUGAGGAAGUGAGAAAGGAAACUACCCAACGGAUUGAAACAAGCAAGCAGUCUGAAUUAACAACAGUGUCAACAACGAGAAUACCAAGCAUCCCAGCUGUGAAACAAAAAGAGAGCCCACAGCCACCUAAAAAACGCUUUGUCCCUCCUCUUAAACUGCCUCCGACCCCCGAGCCCGCUCCGGCCUCAAAGCCUAAGCCCUACGCUCGCAAAUUUAAAACCCCUCUCAUGCUGGCGGAGGAACGGUACCGCCAACAACAAGAAGAAACAAUGAGGAGCGCUGCCACAACUCCCACUUCUCCUCCGCCAAUGAAUAUACGCUCCUGUGCUGCCAGUCCUGAGCUUUCUGCAGCACAGAGCAUAGAGACGGUUGUGGCCACGGAAACGACAAAAACAAAGAGCGAAGAAGCUAAGAUCGUUUCCAAAGAAGCAACGUCACCCGCCAAGAAAACCCCCUCCCAGAUCCCUUCGAGCAAGCCCUUGAUCUCGGUGGUAAAUAAGAAAUCAGCAGCAGGAUCUUCAGAUAAAAAGCAUGUUGCCAGCGAGCACUCCUCAGAAAAAAUCCUCGCCUCGACUGAUAAAAAGAGUCAAACCGCACCCAGGAAUCUGGCUGUUUCUGUUUCUCAGGCCUCAAAUAUCGAAGUCCAGUCACGCUCGAGCGUGGUCACUUCUUCGGUCACGGAGCAGCAGCAGUUUAUUAAGAAAUCCAGCGUCAGGUCUACGACGCAGAGCGCCGUCCAGGAAAAUGUAAAUCUCCAAAGCCAGGCUGCGGUCACAUUGAAAGCCGAGGACGUAAAGAAUAGCGAUGCGCCUCUGACACAGGAGGGGAAGAUGAGUCCCUCUCUGCCCACGAAAAUCCCAAAGGUGACUCCGAGUUUCAAGGUGAAAACGUUCAAGAUGCCGACGGAGAAGAAAGAGGAGAAAUGUGAGACGCAAGAGAAAAGCGAUGUGUCGCAGAAAAGCGAAACGAAAGUGAUUCAGAAAAGCAGCCAGAUGAAAACAGAAGUGAAAGUAAAAGAGAUGAAUGUGACCCCGCCGAAAAAGGAAGCUGAGCUGGAGGUUCACGUGAAAAAGGGAAAACAGGUGCAAAAGAAUGAGACGGAAGUAAAGCUGUCACCAUCAGUUACUGUUUUAAUGCCCAAGGUGGCUAAGAUAACAUCUGCAGCGACUCAUCAAGGACAAGGCCAUGUUUCUGUCUCCCACAGCCAGCAGAGCAUGAAGGCAGAGCACGUUCAUCGACACGAGGAGGUGGUUGUGACUGAGAGUGUGGUGCAGCAGCAGAGGCAAGAGGCCGUUCACAUGCAAAAGCAAAUAAAGGUGCAAUCAGCAGAAACGAAUAAAACGCAGAUGAAGGUAGUAAAGCCAAAAGGUGAGCUUAAGGACGUGCAAGGGACGGGCAAGACGACCCAAAAAGACGAGGCCCGUUCGGUAGAAAUCACACAUUCGGAGAAGUGUAAUGUAAUGCAGAAGCUGCUCGCUCAAAUGAAAGAGCUGGAGGGCACACCGAGCAGAAUAGACUCCAACGCUGUCAGGAUGAUUAUAAGCGAACUCCCUGACUGGGCCAUGGGCGCGGAUGAGAGAAGGAAUUUAAGCGAAAUUGCUAAACAGCAAAGUAAGAAGAAGCUGAAAGAGAUGAUGACGUAUAUGAGAAAUAAUUUCCAAGCAAAGUUCACUUUCUCGGAGGAGGACGCGUCAAACGCCGUGGAAAAGCGGGAGAAAGAAGCGCCGCCAGCGCCUCCGAAACCAGACAAGAAUGUUUUCAGCACAAAGAUAUCGAAGAUCAGUAUCGGCUCGAGCAGGAGUGAAAAGAAGGUGGUGGUGGUGGAGGAGAAAAAGUCACUUCAGGAGAGGAAAGUGCAGCAGGAGCUGAGCGAGGAGGCGGCUGAUCAGAGAGUGUCCUCCCCGUUGGCGAGCAUCCGCACGCCGUCGCCCACUUUUAUAAGCAUCGAGUCCAGGAGGAUCGACUCGCCGCUCAGGGUGACCCCGUCUCCUCCGCCCUACAAAGCAAUCGGGACUCCUCCGCCUCCUCCUCGCAAGUCGCACACGCCCACCUUCAGCAGGGCCACGCCGUCCCCCACGCUGAGCCGCUCGGAGAAACUGAUGAAACUGAGGGAAACCACGUCCAAGCUUUCCCGCGGCCUGACCCCUCCGCCUCCUGUGCCGCUCCCAGAAAGUUUCGCAGCUGAAAGAGAGCGAUCGUCCCCUUUUUGCGACACUCCGACGGAGAAAGACGAGGAAGGGUUGACGGACGUCGCGGAAAUGGUGGACUCCAUGAUGACGGUGAGGGAUAAAAAGUCUUUCUUCGAGGACGCGCAGAAGUUGGAGGUGAGCAGGAUGUACUCGCGGAAGGAUCCCAUCGACAUCCCUGAACGCUUGGGACCUGACGCCGAGGAAGGCGGCGAGGCCGUGAUUAUAGACAUCAUGAAAGACGACCUCCCGAGAGUUGAUAUGUCUAAGCUGGUGAACCGAUUUGAAUCCCCGCAACCGAAGGUGUACGCCAGAAAAGAUCCUAUUGUGAUCACGGAGAGGCUGGGGAGCGAUACGGAGGACGCGGAGGCCGACCCGCCGAAAAGCGACGACAUCCCCGUGUUCAACGUUAAAGCAAUAAAGAAUGUAUUCGAGACGGGAGAGCACAGCUCCCAGGCGGCCCGAGAUCUCCGAGAGCAAAUAGAAAGAAGAGAACCCGAAUCAGCUCAUUCGGAGCCGGUGGGUCACUCUGAAACGACAGCGGUCACUGAGCAAUUCUGCAGCAUUGAUGACUUCGGGAACAUGACAACUGGGACGGUGAGUGAGAUGCACUCUGGGAGCUCCCUGACCCGCGGUAACCCUCCAUCCUACGCCGACGUGGUGCGAGGCGCAGUUCCGACGGUCGACGUGCCCCCCGAGGCCUCCACCACCGAGGAACUGCUGAGAAACUUCCAGCAGUCGUGGGCCGAGAGCCAGGGGGUUUUCCAGAACCUGGGUUUCAGUGUCACCGAGCAGAGGAGUUCGCAGUUCGUGACGCACCAGCAGCAGACCGUCGUGACGGAAAACUCGAGUUCCAGAGUCCGAACUGUGUCGGGUAUGUCGGAAGAGGGUUUACCCGAUGGAGUCGCUGAUCGCCGACAAACUAAACUUCCAUAAAAGCUGCUUUCGCUGUGAACACUGCAGCGGCAAACUAAGUCUUGGUAACUACGCCUCUCUCCAUGGACGAAUGUACUGCAAGCCACACUACACGCAACUGUUCAAAUCCAAAGGGAAUUACGACGAGGGAUUUGGACAGAAACCACACAAAGAACUCUGGAAUAACAAGAACCAGGAGAAUU